GAUGAUUUCCGUCGUCGUGGAAAUGAUUAUUUUGCUUCAAAUCAUUAUAUUUCAGCUAUUGAUGAAUAUACAGAAGGCAUCGAAUUGGAGUCACGAAAUGUUACUUUACUUUCUAACCGAGCAGAAGCUUACCUUCGAUUGGGUCAAUUUUAUAAUGCUCUUGAGGAUGCAAAGUUUGCUCUUACGCUUGAUCCCAAUAAUAUAAAAGCAGCCUAUCGUAAGGGUAAAGCUCUUUGUGGUCUCAAAUAUUAUAAAGAAGCC